AAAUCUUAUUUGCUUGACUUAAAAAAGUCUUAACAGUUAAAAACUAAAGUGUGUUCUUGUUGCUCUUCAAACCAAUCUACUUCUGACAAAGCUUGAACCUCACAGCAAAAGUGGCUCUAUCUGAUCCCAGCUCCCAUGUUUUCCUUCCCAAUAAAAAGAGAGGCAGUUUAGCAUUUGUCAAUGCAAAGCAUUUCUGAAAGAAUUAAGAAACGCACAGCUAGCUGUCUUCAUUUGCCAAGGAGUGAAGUUCAAGUCUCCACCACACCACACAACACCAUCUUUUAAUAAAGAUAUCAUAUCAUUACUCUUUAACACUCUCUCUGUCUACUACUACUAGUACUAGCAACCAAUUUUUUCACUCCUUCAUUUGACUUUUAACUAAUGCAUGUGUAUGCUCUUCUACUCAUCAACUGAUCUUUUACUCACUCACUCAAUGGAGUUCAAUCUUGAAUACCCUUUUACAAAUUUCCAAGACCUUGUCCUUGAUGAUGAUACAGAAACCUUACCAUCUCUCUUCCUCGUUGAAUCUGAUCACAUGCCUUCAGAGGACUAUCUGAAGUCUCUCAAGAGCAGUUCUUCUGAUUUCUCUGUUAGGCAACACACUAUCUCUUAUAUCUUCCAGUUUUCCUGUGACUUUGAUCCGUUAUUAUCAUAUCUUGCUUCCAAUUACAUGGAUCGUUUUUUAUCAACCCAAGCAUUGCCGCAACAAAAGCCUUGGAUGCUUAGGCUUCUUGCAAUCUCUUGCAUAUCUCUGGCGGCAAAGAUGAGGAAAAUAGAGUUCACUCUCACUGAUUUUAAGGGGGAUGGAGGACUAAUAUUUGACACACAAACUAUAGAGCGAAUGGAGUAUCUCAUCUUGGGAGCUCUGAAAUGGAGAAUGCGUUCAAUUACUCCCUUUUCUUUCCUCUCCUUUUUCAUUCCUCUGUUCAAGCUCAAAGACCCUCCAUUAAAACAAGCUCUUAAAGCUCGGGCAAUUGAAAUCAUUUUCAAAGCUCAAAGUGAUAUCGAGAUUUUAGAGUUCAAGCCAUCAAUUAUCGCUGCAGCGGCUCUUCUCUCUGCCUCUCUUGAACUAUUUCCUUUGCAAUUCUCUUGCUUUAGAAAGGCAAUUUCCAACUGUUCAUAUGUAAAUAAGGAAAAGAUGUUGGAGUGCUACAAUUGCAUAGAAGACAUAAUGAUGGAUGGAUACGAGUCAGGAUUUGAAACGGUGUCCAGCUCGGACACGCCAGUCAAUGUACUUGACCGGCGAUUUUCAAGCUCAGAAAGUGAUAAGACCCUUGGCUCCACCACCACCACCACAACCCCCAAUACUCAGCAUAGCCUAGAGAGAGAUGCCAAGAGGAGAAAAAUGAAUGGUUUCUGUGACAAUCACCAGCUUUCCCAGGCCCAACAGCACACCGCUAAUGCAACUGGUUUCUAUAUUUAAUCAAUCGCCUGGUCCUUUGAGAGUGACCCUAGCUAGCUACAUAGCAGCAGGCAGCUGCCUAGCAGCAGGCAGCUGCUUCAAAUAAACAAGUAGAAUUAUUAUUUUUAAAAAAAAAAAGGGAUAAAAAAGAAUGGGCAAGAAGUUGAUGUUUCAUGGAAAAAAUCAAUGCCACAGGAUCUCAGUACGACACAUUUGCUGUGUUAGCUAAAAGAAAAUCAAUGAAGGCUAGAAGAAAGAGAAUAGAAUUUUUGUUUCCUUUUGUUUCUAAGAAGCUAGCGCGCUGCAGGCAGCAGCAAACAAAGACAAAACAUUACUUUGAAUUGUAGGGGUUCAAUUUGUGUUUCUGUUUUGGUUUUAGCGCGGUUAUGUCCCUUAGUUUCUGGCAGAAGAAUAAUAAGACAGUGAUAAUAACAAUAAUAAAACAAUAAUUUUC